AUGAUUCAUUUAGGUGGUGGAUCAGCAUUAUUACCAUUACCUAUUGAUGCUCUUUCAUUAGAAGAAAAAUGUCAAAUAAUAAAAUUAUUACAAAGUAAAGGAGCAAAUAUUCAAGAACUUAAUACAGUUCGACAAUCGAUGAGUCAACUUAAAAAUGGUGGACUUGCUCGAUUUGCUAAAUCAACUACUAUUAUUUCAUUAAUUCUUUCUGAUGUUAUUGGAGAUCCAUUGGAAUUUAUUGCAUCUGGACCAACAUUUUACAGUGGUAAUAAAAAUCAGCAAACAUUAGAUAUUUUCAAUAAAUAUGAUCUUAUACAUUAUAUUCCCACUCAAUUUCUUCAACAUUUAAAAGAAAAUGAAAGUACAAACGAUAAUGUCACAAAAAGUUCAACUAAACAAAUUCAUAAUGUUAUCGUGGGUAGUAAUCAUAUUGCAUUGGAUGCAGCUGCUCAUUUAUGUCAGAACUCUCUCACCUGCGUUCCAUUUAUUGCAACGACUUGUUUACAAGGUGAAGCACGCGAAAUUGGUCGUCACCUAGUUGACCUUGUUACAACAAACCCAUCUGAAUUAGUAUACAAUGAUAAUAUUAGUUGUUUAUUUUCUGAUAAAUCAACAUUCGAUGCUUUUCAAAAAUUUAUUAAACAAAACAAACAAUAUUAUCUUUUAUUAGGUGGUGAAACUACAGUAGUCAUGAAAAAUGAUUGUGGAAAAGGUGGACGAUGUCAAGAACUUGCAUUAUCUGCAGCAUUGACUAUUGAUAAUAGUAAUAACAAUACAUCUAUAUUAUUAUUAGCAGCUGGUUCAGAUGGAAUCGAUGGACCAACCGAUGCUGCUGGUGCUUUUGCUUUUAAUGGAAUGAUUAUUGAUGAAAGUGAUAUUCAAAAAGCUCGUAAAGCACUCGAUAAACAUGAUGCAUAUACAUAUUUAAAUGAAACAAAUGAUGGUAUAAAUCUUCUUAAAAUUGGACAUACGAAUACAAAUGUGAUGGAUAUUAUUAUAAUCUUUGUUAAUAAUAAUUUAUAUAUGGAUUCCAAAAUUUAG